CGAUGACGUCAUUUAUUAAAUUAAGGUUGUCGCAUUUUACUGUGUAUAGGCCUUGAAGCGACCUCCUAACCUCUCCCAAACACGUUUUAUUUUUUGGUCAAUUUGCUUGAUUAAGACUCUUUUAUUACAAAUAACUCUUACAUUAAUACAGCUUUAAGUUAUUUUGUUUAUAACAUUUUGGUUCAGAUCUGACGCUGCUCGUGGGUUGUUGUAAAAGUGUUUUGUCUUGUAUGGUUCAAUGCAAAUACUUUAAUAAUUUGUCAUCGUGAAUAUGUCCAAUGUCGAAGUCAUAUCUAAACAAAGCCCAUAGCUAUGUUCGUGAUGGAGAAAAAGCCGAGUUGGCGGGAAAUCUACUUCAAGCAUCCAAAUUUUAUAUACUCGCUCAAGGUUUGUUUAGGAAAGCAUACAGUGCAACACAUAGUGCAAUCGCACGUGAAUCACUUCUUCUGCUAGAGCAAGAAUUUUCCGAGCGUUCACAGCACAUGAAGAGCCUUUAUAAGGCCUCGAGUAGCGCUUCAGAAGGAAACAAGAGCAAUUAUUCGCUUACUGCGUCUUCUUCUAUGUGUAUGUCUCUACGAUUGUCUCCAUUAUUGGCUUCUAGUUUGUCCAAUCGAUACCCUGUGUCGCUGGGAACACACACAGAAAGCAUGAAAUCUACUUCGGCCAGUUGUACAGAUCGUCUAGAACCGGCUGAUCAAGUGCCAGAACGCCAGCGACAAAAAUAUGUUAGUUUUCAGAGUCGUGUUGAGCGAAUGUCAGUCGUGGUUGGCCUGCCUGUUGCAUAUGCAGUUACGUCCGUGGAGUCGAACUCAACAUCACCUUCAAAUUCCCCCAGUUCUGAUGAAAGUUUCUUAAUUGUGGAUCCGCAUGACAUGGAUGUCGACAAUGCUUAUGUGAAUGGUACAUUGAAUAUUCCUCCACAUAUUUCACCUUUGGAAAGUGAGUCAAAACCUGGUAACCAGUAUCCGCGAGGAGACACCGGUUCACUGUCAAAUGAAUUUCUUCAAGAAGAUACGGUGACGAUACACGAUAGUUAUGAGUCACCAGCUCCUUUUCAUCACCCAACUCCCGAAGAAUCAAAGAGCAAACACAUUUCAAAGUUACGGUUUUCUCGCCCACGUUUGAGUUUAUCGUUCUUCCGUUCUUCUUCUCGUUUAAGGAGAAACAAUGUACCGAAACCUCUGAACGUCGAAAGUACUAUCGAAAAGGCACAGUCAUCCACUGAUCUGACCGCCGUUCAUGAUUCACGGCAAAAGAUUGAAGACUUAGAGCAUCAAGUCCAUAUUUUACAAAACCAAUUACAGAAACUAAAGCGAACACAGUCCUAAUAUUUUUCAUGACAUGACGAAUUAAAACAGAGAACUAUUUAAUUGCCCUAUCUAAGACAUUACGAGCUUUUACUAGUGUAAUGCUAAUUCGCGUUCGAGAUUCCCCUCAAGUUUCUUUUUUACGUGCGAGCCUGCGCAAUCAACAAUUUUCUAAAACUAUUCGAUAUAAUCGAAUCGAAUGUUACAAACAAAAACGAAGCUUUAAUUGGAAAAAUCAGCAGAUAUUUGAGAGUCAAUUGCUUCAUUUCUCGUUUCACACGCAUCCUUUUGCGCUUUAACGCAUGCGGCAAAAUAUACGUCAGAGCCAACCUUUCCCUCAGCGAUGGCAAUAAAUAUUGUGCGUUAGUGAUGUCGAGCUAUAGUCACAAUGUUUAAAAGGUUCCAAAUCUAUAUACAUACGCUCAACUGAUUUACCAAUACCGCUUUGUAAAG